AUGCAGGGCCUCAAACGUUUGCAAGAAGCCAUUGAAAGGCACAGAGAGAACAAAGACAUCAAUAUCAAGUACAAGACGCCUCUCACGAUACGCAACAUCAAUACCUUCACAGACGAACAAGCCAUCGACGAUGCCUGUAACCCAAUUCGCUGUAACCGAUCCGUACGAAUAUCUGAAUGGGUUCGGGGGGUACAAAGAGUAGGUUUCAACGUCCAGAAAACCAGUAUCGAGAGUGAGGCGAUAGAAGGUGCUCUACCACUGGCGGCCAAUUCGCCUCAAAAAUGCCCCUACGGUCUCUACAAUGAAAAGUUGUCUGGGACCGCCUUUACAGCCCCAAGGGACGACAACCUUCAGUCAUGGCUCUAUCGCAUCCUACCCUCUGCGAGUCAUCAGAACUUUGAGCCUGUCCCUGAUUCCUCGGCCCAAUCCUUGAACUCACCUUCACCGCAAUAUGGCAAGCAUUUCAAUGCAAUCCCAAACCAGUUGCGUUGGGAUCCGUUUGAUUUUGACAAGGAGGUCUCCUGGAUACACUCUCUGCACCUCCUUGCUGGUGCUGGCGACCCAACCAUGAAAUCUGGCAUCGCCAUCUACAUCUACGCCGCCGGUGCAUCGAUGCCAGAGAAGAGCGCCUUUUACAGCGCCGACGGUGACUUCCUGAUUGUUCCACAACACGGAGUCCUCGAUAUCCGAACCGAAUUCGGCAAAAUACUUGUGCGACCGAACGAGAUAUGCGUUAUUCCUCGUGGAAUUCGCUAUCAUGUCGCACUGCACGACAACGAGCCGGUGCGAGGGUACAUCCUCGAACUCUUCCAAGGACACUUCAAAUUGCCCGAACUGGGACCCAUCGGAUCCAACGGGCUAGCCAACGCUCGCGACUUCCAAAGCCCUGUGGCGGACUUCAUCGAGGACUACGAAGAUACAGAAUGGACCCUGUAUGCCAAGUUCGAUGGCAAGAUGUUCUCGGCUAAACAAUCACACACUCCAUUCGAUAUUGUUGGUUGGCAUGGGACCUUCUAUCCUUACAAAUACGAUCUCGGCCGUUUCAAUCCGGUCGGAAGUAUCUCGUACGAUCAUCCCGACCCAUCCAUCUUCACUGUAUUGUCAGCACCCUCGCUUCCUCAUGGCCCCGGUACGGCCGUGGCAGAUUUUGUCAUCUUCCCACCACGAUGGUUGGUCCAAGAAAACACCUUCCGACCUCCGUGGUAUCAUCGAAACACCAUGAGCGAAUUCAUGGGAUUGAUCCAUGGUAAUUAUGACGCCAAGGGAGCCGGCAAGGGCGGAUUCCAACCUGCCGGCGCUAGCUUACAUAAUACGAUGAGUGGACAUGGCCCUGACAUGCAAACCUUUGAGAAGGCUUCGACCAUGGACUUGCCCCCUAGCAAGGUAGGCGAGGGGAGCAUGGCCUUUAUGUUUGAGACUUGCUUGAUGCUUGGCGUUACAGAAUGGGGUCUGAAGACGUCUCAAAAAGUUCAAGAGCAAUACAAUGCACACAGUUGGCAGCCAUUAAAGGUUCAUUUUAAAAGACCCGAUAAAGCAAGCGGUGCCACCAACGGAGACAAGAAGUAA